AUGAGUUUGCUGCAGGGUGUUCUCAAAUCAAACACCGAGGACCUCGAAAACGGCCUCAAGAACAUCCGCCAAAACAACAAGAGGCGCACAUCCUAUGAGGAGAAAGAAAGAGAAAAGGAUGAUUCAGAUGACAGUGAGCUCGUCAACGUUGUUUCUCUUCCUGGAACACCUGCCAGAACUAGGCCAUCGUCGCCUGUCCGCGGCGCAAAUACGCGCCUUUCCACCAAGUCCCCGCUGACAUCCACAGCGAACCGCCUUGAUCCACUCAAGGCCUUCCCUACCGAGCUUUCUCAGAAAAUCUUCACUAAGCUUUCCGUAAAAGAUCUAGCCAAAUGCUCUCUUGUUUCUAAGAAAUGGGCACGAAGUCAGACGCUCAAUUACGUUUGGUUUCAGCAUUAUCGAAAGGAGAACUUUCAUGACGACAGUCUUCCUCCUGGAAAAUGGACAAAGCGCGAGUCUAAACAGAAUUGGAGACAGGUGUACCUGAAAUCAGCUAAAGAUCGUUCACCCACUUCGACCUCCUUCUCUCGCACAGGGUCUGGGUAUAACUCUCCCUCUCGUAACAUGUCAGGCUACCAAACACCUCGUGAACUCAAAGAAGAACAAUGGAAGGCUGAGCUCGAAGCCGCGUCAAAACCUGGCAAGCUAGAAAUGCGGGAAAUGUACAAAGAGCUCGGGGGACGCAAGUCCCGGACGAAGACAAAGCUCGGCAGCUCUGGAAUCCGCGACAAGGGUGGUUGGGAUGACGGCGGCGAAAAUUGGUAG